GCUCGUGCUUCUUUUAGUACCCACCGCAUCACUACAGCAGCUCUAUUUCAGCUCUGUUUACUGUAGAACUUAAAUCCUUCAGGUUUUCUCACAGUGUUUGUGUGUGAAAUGCAGCAGCACGGGAAAGGGAAGGUGGACGCCGCCCCGCGCCUGCAGCUCUUUAACUGCACGCACGCGGACUGCGGGGCCACGUUCACGCGCAAGUGGCGUUUAGAAGAGCACGAGACCGUCCAUACGGGCAAGCGACCCCACAGGUGUGCUGUGGCGGACUGUGGGCGGAGCUUCUCCCGCAAAGCCCACCUGAGGAGACACGAGUUUCAACACGGAGAGAAAAAAAACAAGUGCGGAGUGGCGAGCUGUGGAAAGAGCUUCUUCAGUAAAGACAAGCUGAAGAGACACAUCCGCUACACACACGGAGACAAGAACAAGUACUUCAAGUGCACCUUUUCUAACUGUCUGCUGACGUUUCGGAAACGGCGUUUGUUGAAGCUUCACCUGGCCGGACAUGGUGUUUCUGCAUGCUUCAAGUGCUCCAAGAUUGGUUGUGGAAGAACAUUCAGCACACACGUGGGUAAAAAAUCCCACGAGAAAACUCAUGAAGGCUACCGCUGCCCUCAUGCUGACUGUAAGGUAGUGGAAUAUACCUGGACAAAACUCCAGAAACACACAGCUAAACACCCCGCCUCUUUCACAUGUCGCACUUGUCAAAAGUCGUUCGCGAAGUAUGAUGCUCUGCGAAGGCACAAACGAACCCACGCCCUGCAGAAGCCGGUCCUGCUGUGCCCGAGUGAAGGUUGCCAGGCCUACUUCUCCACUACCUUCAACCUGCAGCACCACAUUCGCAAAGUCCACCUCAAACUCCUGCGUCACACCUGCUCAUUCCCUGGAUGCACCAAAGCCUUCGCCAUGCGGGAGAGUUUGGCCCGUCACCUGCGUCAUCAUGACCCCGAUGCUGGUAAAAUGAGGCAGCAGCGUAAGAGGUGCAACAGUAAGACGUGGCAGAAGCGUUUGGAGGGUCGCAGCCAGCGCCCCCUGGUGGAGGACAACUUGCAGAGGCUGUUUGCUCUGCGCAUGCGCGUCUCCCGCAAGGCUAAAGUGGAGGCCAACCUGUCCAGGUUGUUCAACGAGCGUAAAAUACCACACCAUGUUGACCCAGAGGUCAACCUGAAGGACCUCUUCAACAUUAAACCCCCUCAGAAGGUCAAGGGAUAGGAGGUCCAUUAUCCACUAGACCUUGAUUUAUAAUUUUUUUUUUUUAUGAACAAAGCCCCUUGCUAAUGUCCUGCAGUUUGGCGUAGCAGAAGUUUGUGUUUUGGAAAAAUUGUAAGUACAACAGCCAGUUGUAAAUAUUUAUUUUAUUUCUGAAUGUAUUUUUGAACAGUGAAUUUUGUGUACAGUGUCUGCAGUUAAUUUAGUGGAAUUAAUUAUAACAUAGCACAGUAAAUAAUGACUGGGGGCAAAAAUGGUACUGCUUUUGUUUGUGAAAAAAAAAAUCAAUCUUGCUGUGACUAUUGUGUUGGUUGUAAAUAAAUGAACAUCAGUGCUUCAGAA